AUGGGCAAUUCAGACUCGAAACUGAGUGGGCCCUGCAGGGAACAACUUGGGAGACUCGCCGCACCACAACCAGAACCAGCGUUCGUCCAAAAUGAGGGACACGAAUCCACAACCAUCAACCCGUUCUACUUGGGGGUAGUCGCCGCCGCAGAGAGGGAGAGACUAGAUCCAAGGGUGCUGAAGUACUGUGCUGUGAGGAACCCGACUAAUUUCUCCAAUUUCGUGCUCGUGAACGCAGCGAUCGUCGUCGAGGCCACUAGGGGGAAGGAAUUUUCCUCUGUGGUUAGGUCACUACGAUUACUUCGCAAUACCCUCCCGACGUACUUCCAACAACUGGCGGGUUCCCCCAGUGGAGAUAUCCUGUGGCUUGCUGAAGUGCCAGGCGGUGGCGAGGAGGGGUACGCCCCGCAACUCAUCAAUUCUCUCCUGGAACUAGCAAUGUGCCCUGAGUUCACCUUGUCAGCACAGCAACUGUGGGAAUGUGGGAUCAAUACACUCAAUUCUCAACCACCAACACCACUCAAUAACCCGCGCAUUGACUCCCACAGACUAGAAAUCGUUAAUCUCUUGCUCGUGCUGGUGUCCCAGGAUAUAUACACCCAGGGACCAUCACAGAACAGGUACUGGCAGUACCUCACACAGGGGGCAAGGAUCCCUGACGAGUUCCACAUCUCCAUUGUCAACGUCGCGUGUGCCGGUGGCAGAAGUAGGGACCCUGAUGCAGGGUCUGUCACGGAGCACGACACGCACGGAGACGGGUACUCGAGACAGCAGUACGCUCAACUCCGCCAAGAACUCAGUAACUCGUGUUUACAACUCGUGAACGUGUUUCUACUCCCGGGGGGGGGACCACCACAUUUCUACACGCAGUUUCUCCACACGGAACACGACCUGAAGUACUUUGUCUCAGCGUUCAUCAAAGUGUUCAAGUGGGCAGUCAACAAAGCUAUAGAAAACGAGACGAACUUGUUGCAAUUGUCCAGUGCGAAGGACCAAAGUUAUCGCAAUAAACCUUCACAGACGGACAACUCGCACCACCAACCACAACAACAGAAGGGCAGCACGGAGAACGGUAACUCUUUGUCCCUCCCAGAGGUACACCCUCAACUGCCGCAGUUUCUACUACUUAUUACAAACCUUCUGCCCUUGAACAAGCCCUUUGAAAACUACUUCGAGGAUAAAUUCGCAAACAAGUUCAUGGUCUUCGCACUCUACUACAUUAAAUACUACGACCAUAUCCCACAGUACUCAGCUCAGCUUGUCCCCCUAUGCUACACACUUAUGCUCACGCUGUCAAGACAAAAUUUGGUCAGGUAUAAGUUACUCGCAAACUUCAACGGGAACUACUACACGAACAACCUACCAAACUUCUUCAAACUACCAAACUUCAACAACAGCAUGAACACUUUAAACUUCAGAGACUUCCUCAUAAUACAAUGGUCUCAACUGGCCACCCAGCUGAUCAAAAGGAACCUUAUCCCAAACAAGUUCAUCACAGAGAUCAUCUACAACAUCCUCCUCACAAACCUCGAGAUCAACAAGGACAAAGAUUUUUUGCCACCACUGUCCUCGACAAACAAAAUCUCGGACACACUCUCGUACUCGGCAACCAUCUCUUUGCUCAAUUUACUCUCCAAGAUGUCCUCCAAGUCCUACGUCUCCACUUUCGGUAACAACCCAAUUUACGUCAACGGAGCACAGUACUUCCCCUCGAUACAAUCUCUUUCGUCACCAGCUUGGAAACUGGAUCAACUGGCACUUUUACUCCGCUCGCUCGCAUGCUACAUGGUGCUCUACUACAAACAGGCGGGGAACCUCAUCUUCCUUCUUUCAAGACACCAAAACCUUCUCGCACAAGUCAGAGACUCCCUCAACUACAUCACAAGGCUCGGUAACGGCAACGUGAAAAUAAACGAGUUCAUAUUCAACAGACCAAACGAACACCCAUCUUUGACCAUCCAGGAGGUCAUACCGCACCAGGACCACCAGGAGUACUCCAACAGUGAUGAUCUCGACGGGAACUACCUCGUCUUCGACAGCUCCAAGCUUGCCGAAUCACAGGAUGUGGACGAACAGGCAGAGUCCCUUUCAUCCAACAGAGGGUCCAUAGACGCACGCAGCAACUCAGAGUUGUCAACUACACAACAACAGCAAUUGCAGCAGCAGCAGCAGAAUGCAGGGGCCAACACGUCGACAACGGGGCAGGACUCCAACAAGACGUUCGAGGUCUACGAGCACUCGGAUUACGGGUACGAUCUGUUCCUCGAUAAUGAGUAUCUGUACACGAGACUGAGAACGAAGUGGCCCACUGGCUUGACGGAAACGUCGAAACUGAAGGCGCCCAAGGGAGUCAGCUUCAUAAACCAGUGGACGGGGGCGCCCUCGUUACGGCUACUCAUACGAAUCACAAAAUUGUUCUCGGCAGAGUUCCCACAAAUAUCUGCAACGACAAAGAAUGCGGACUACGCGGAGUUGAUGAAUCAGUUCAUGCAGUAUGAGGAUACUUUCCAUAAGAGAAUCGCUCCCUAUCUGACCGCUUUCCUACAGCAACAAUACCAAGUGAAACCUAUAGAAUUCCCACUCGAACCAGGCGUGUACCACCGGUGGCUCCACAGACUGUGCUGGUCGAACAUCUUCAACAUGCAUUCGUGGCCCUACACUAACAAAGUUGGGGACUCCGUCGCGCCAGACACAGCUGCACUCAGUAAUCCAAAUGCACUGAGCGAGAGUAAGACGGCAUCCCCGCUCUUGCCCUCUCUCGAGAGGUGGGCCUCCAAUGGAUCCAACUUGACCAGAACGCAGAGCAACGGAUCGUCGAUCCUCAAUUACUUCACUCAGGACAACAACAAUAACACGGAGUCGUACAACACUUCUGUCACUCAGACGGGUCCCAACAGCAAUAACGGCAACAACAACAAUAACACUAAUGACGCUAAGAAUCACUCUAGGGAUGGAGACUCAUCGUACUCGUUUCUACGGUUCCCCUGGGGUGGAUUUAACAGACAUCACGGUACGGAGAGUCCUAUCAAAGAGGGUGAGGAGUCGGAGUACGGCACCGCUGCUAUUGAGAACGUGCCGCAGAACUCGCAGGGGAACUUCACCAUCGAUAUGAACCUCGUAAAGGAGAACCUUUGGGCAGGCACAGACGUCAAGUUGUUCCCUUUGAGGAGGGACGAAAGAGAGGAAUUUUCAUUCAUGGACAUGACGUCUUCGUUGUUCCGCAAACUGCGCCUGUCGAGCGGGAGCUCCUUGGAAUCGACGCCGCCGCAAUCGCAGAGCCCUCAGCAACAGAAUGGCAGACAGUACAAUCAACCAUUGAGUAUCCCCCUGUCCGCGGCAAGACGGUUCUACUGA